CUGCCGGCCGCCGCGGGAGCCAGGAGCGCCGAGAGGCGCGGCUCCACCAUGGCCCUGACCCUGUUCGAUACGGAUGAAUACAGACCUCCUGUUUGGAAAUCUUACUUGUACCAGCUGCAGCAGGAAGCCCCUCACCCUCGAAGGGUCACCUGUACUCGUGAGGUAGAAAACAGACCAAAGUAUUACGGAAGAGAGUUUCAUGGCAUGAUCUCUAGAGAAGAGACUGACCAGCUCUUGAGUGUGGCUGAGGGGAGCUACCUCAUCCGGGAGAGCCAGCGACAGCCGGGGACAUACACUUUGGCUUUAAGAUUUGGAAGUCAAACCAGAAACUUCAGGCUGUACUACGAUGGAAAGCACUUUGUUGGGGAGAAACGCUUUGAGUCCAUCCACGAUCUGGUGACUGAUGGCUUGAUUACUCUCUAUAUUGAAACCAAGGCAGCAGAGUACAUUGCCAAGAUGACGAUAAACCCAAUUUAUGAGCACAUAGGAUACACAACCUUAAACAGAGAGCCAGCAUACAAACAGCACAUGGCAGUCCUGAAAGAGACACAUGAUGAGAAAGAGGCGACAGGCCAGGAUGGGGUGUCAGAGAAAAGGUUGACAUCACUUGUUAGAAGAGCGACUCUGAAAGAAAAUGAACAAAUUCCAAAAUAUGAAAAGGUUCACAAUUUCAAGGUCCAUACGUUCCGAGGGCCACACUGGUGUGAAUACUGUGCCAACUUCAUGUGGGGCCUCAUUGCUCAGGGAGUGAAAUGUUCAGAUUGUGGGUUGAAUGUUCACAAGCAGUGCUCCAAGAUGGUCCCCAACGACUGUAAGCCAGACCUGAAGCACGUGAAGAAGGUGUACAGCUGCGACCUGACCACACUUGUCAAAGCGCACACCACCAAGCGGCCCAUGGUGGUGGACAUGUGCAUCAGGGAGAUCGAAUCCAGAGGUCUUAGUUCUGAAGGGCUGUACCGAGUAUCGGGAUUCAGUGACCUAAUUGAAGAUGUCAAGAUGGCUUUCGACAGAGAUGGUGAAAAGGCGGAUAUUUCUGUGAACAUGUAUGAAGAUAUCAACAUUAUCACUGGUGCACUUAAACUGUACUUCAGGGAUCUGCCAAUUCCUCUCAUCACGUAUGAUGCCUACCCCAAGUUCAUAGAGUCUGCCAAAAUCAUGGACCCUGACGAGCAGUUGGAGACCCUUCAUGAAGCACUGAGACAGCUGCCGCCUGCCCACUGCGAGACCCUCCGGUACCUCAUGGCCCAUCUGAAGAGAGUGACCCUUCACGAGAAGGAGAACCUGAUGAGUGCAGAGAACCUUGGGAUCGUGUUUGGGCCAACCCUCAUGAGAUCCCCAGAACUAGACCCGAUGGCCGCCCUCAACGACAUACGCUAUCAGAGACUGGUGGUGGAGCUGCUGAUCAAAAAUGAAGACAUUUUAUUUUAGAGUUUUGAUUUGAGGAAAAAAAUGUUUCACAGAUGAAGGAAUGUUUUCUAGUAAUUUAAUUAGCUUUGCUAGCUGAAUUGUUUCUGGGUUAAAGGUUUGGCCAAACACCCAGAUUGAAUGAAGGAACUCCUUGUCAUUUCUGUAGCACCACUCAGCUGUCCCUGUAAAACCGAAACACACGCUUUCCGGUCUGGAAAUCCUGGGUGUUUAUCAUGUUAAGAGAAACUCAAGUUCCUGCAUGACCCCCUGUUUGGUGAGGAAACCCCACAUCAAGGAAUCUCAGACGUGAACCUGCACUGCCUCUCUGCCCUGGGUUUCCUGUGCCUGUCACCCAGCAUGCUGCCCAGAGUAAACUGUCAUGACUUUGCCAUCGGUUUCUGACGCUUGCACACUCGCGCACACACGCAUAGGCAGCGCCCUGCCAUCCACCCACCCCACACUCGGUUCCUCCCCAGCUCUCUCCUCUACCAUAGUGCUUUCUCUCCAGCAAAGCAGGAUGUCUGCGGGUCUGCCGCUUCAGUAAGCUACCCUACCAGUACAAGUGCACCACACGGUGUUUUCUGUUAAAUUAUUGGUUUUCAGCUGUAAAGUUAUAUUUUUACCUGGCAUGCAGUUGUUAAUUUAUUAAAUUUGGCUUUUAGAAAUCACAA